AUGAGCGCUUUUUCGUCGUCACCAGCCAAAAAUAAAUACUCGCUCGAUACGAGUAGAACGACGAUGAGGUCUCAGCACGAAUCCGCGCCAAUUGACACAGUUCGAUAUAUUCGCAAAUCGGAGCAACAGAAAUUGGAGAAUCGGCCAGCACCACCGCCGUACAAACCGGCGGUAAUCCCACGCGUGAAACCGUCGAAAUACCGACAUGAAAGUACACAAAUAUCGAAUAACACGGUUGGAAAAAGUCGUCCGGCAUCGCGAGCUUAUGACACAUUCGGCGAGAAUGCACUCGAAACUAUCUACGACCAAUUCAAAUUUCUGGACGAAUCCGAUGAACAACCGCCGUCGUCGUCGACACCGACAUCGACAAACAGUCAUCGGCCGAUUUUGCUGCCGCCGAUCGACAGGAAAAUGAAGAAUGAGGAGCCUCCAUCAAGAAUCAUCUAUUGUGUUCUACCGAUUAUCGAGCUUCUUGCUGCUCUCGCAGUCCUCGUCACUUCAUUCUUUCGCUGGAAAAGCGAAUACAAGGACGAGAAUGUCGAAGCUACGACAGACGGCGAUCUCUCAACCCAAGCAUUGAGUAGUAUGGCAUUUCAAAAUGCGUUGAGCACUGUCGUUCCGGCGUUCUUUCAAAUCGUUUCCGCAUUUUUCGGCUUCUGGCCAAUCGUGGCUCCGCAUCGUCGAAUUCCUGCCCAGAUUCUUCAUAUCGUUUUCAACGCGAUUGUCAUUAUUUUGUGGUUCAAUUCAAUCAACGAUUUGUUCUUCAAAAUUUCGAUGGAGCAUAUUCUUCUGCCAAAAGAUGAAAAAUAUGUGGUUGAUCUAGUCAUUGCUUGCCUAACAUACUUCGCUACCGUAAUCAUUCCUGGGAUUACUGUAGUGGUUGCUGCAUUCACCUUGAUGCCGACGAGAAUGCAAUCGAUUAGAAAAUCGAUGAGCGCGAUUUCGAUAUCUCUCGGCUCGCUGAUUUUCGCGUGUGCGACUACCGUAAUCUCGGUGUUCAUUGCGCAGGCGAAUUUAAACGGAUCGAAAGAUUUAACCAACGAUAAUUAUCUGACGUUGGCGUAUGGUCUCAAAGAAGCCAUCGUUUUCAUUUUUGUCGUCUUCGUCACAAUUUUCUCGUUGAUCGUCUCGACGCAGAAUAAUCGACCCCUAAUGUUUGCAGCCUCAAUUGGACAGGGGAUCUCGUUGAUGGCAAUUUCGAGUCAAUUGUAUACCCCAGAAAGGGUUCAAGCCGUUGUGAAUCAGAUUCAAGGAGUUUCGAAGCCAGAAACAACUACCGAUAUUGGUGUUGUUCUGCUAAAUGCGUGCGCUCUUGCCUCGGUCGUGCUGCUCAUCAUCCAACUCGCCAUUUUCGUCACUUCGAUUAUUCGGCCGAAUCAAAACAUCGUCGUCGAUAAUAACAUGAAUCCCUCAGGGGUCAGAUGCCUUCAAAGAAUUGCGUUCUGA